UGUUUCCCACCCAAAACAAAUGAAAUGAAGGAUCAUUCCGCCAUGAAUCCAAUUUUCUGGUACCGUUGUUCCUUGCAUCGCCGUACCUAUUUACAAGGCAAUCGCUCAUGGACCGGGAAUUACAAAAAAAUUCAUUUCAAAUGCCUACAGCACCUGGCCCUCCCUUCUGGAAAACAAAAAAAAACUUUUAUAGAGCAAGCUAAACAGGAAUACGCUACAUUCAACAAUGGUUCAAGUGUGGGAGAUUCUAUUGUCGACGAGAUUCUUAAACAUGAAUUGGAGAAACAUGAUGCAAUCAUGAACAUUCAACGUAUUCCAAUUGAAUGUAUGAGCGAUGAGGAAGAUUUUGAAUAAACAGUCGC